AUGCCGGUCGUCCGUGCGUCCUCGAUCGCGUCUCCGGUGGUGCGGCGUCGAGCGCGCGCGCGAGGAAGGCGCGUGGAUGGCGCAACCGGUCGAGGUCGAGGGACCACGACGACUGGUGCGUCGACGUCGGCGAGCGACGCGGCGACGCUCGAGCGGAAACGUCGGUACAUUAAUUUCACAGGGUUCCCUUUUCCGUUGACGCCCUUGCUGAGGCGAGUGACGAAGCGCGAGGAGCUCGUUCCGGGACGCGUGUGGAGCUUCGAGCAAGAGCAAGGCAUCGGUUUCGGUCUGGGGGUGUCGACGAACGUCCGGAUGACGGUGAUCAAGCUUCGAGACGGUUCGCUGUGGGUGCACGAUCCGAUUGCACCGACGGAGGAGUGUUUGGAUAUGUUGAGAGAGUUGGGCGGGGAAGUACGAUACGCGUGUCUGUCGACGACGCAGUACGAGCACAAAAUUUUUGCUCCAGCGUUCACGCGCGCGUUCCCGAAGUGCGAGCUGUGGAUCGUGCCGGGACAGUUUAGCUUCCCUUUACCUCUGCCAAACGCCGCCCUGGGGUUGUUUCCCAAGGGGACGCUCGGAGAUGCGAAGAAUCCGCCACCGUGGAGCGACGAAAUCGAGAGCGAGCUCUUGUACUUACCGCCUCUGUUCUGGCACAACUACACCUACAGCGAGUGCGCGUUUUAUCACAAGGAUACUGAGUCGAUUUUGGUCACCGACGCUGCGGUGUACGUCGGAGAGGGCGCGCCGGGGAUCAUCCCGGAGGACGAUUUGGAGAGUUUAGGGAGCGACGAGUGCUUCACCAUCCGUUUAUUAAAGCUCGGUAACUAUCGCGGCGGUCGAAACAUUGCGUCGCCGAACAUUCCCGCAAGUCAACGCGCAGAACGCGUCGCGAACGGAUGGAAACGGAUGGCGCUGUUCUCUUUAUUCAUAGCGCCAGACGCGAAGAACAUUCUGAACCCAGAGACGAGCUUUCGCGGAAUGGCUGGAAAGUUUGUGGUGUCGCCCAUUGUCUUCAACGUAGUGUUCCAAUUUUAUCGUGAGGAAGUCAACGCGUGGGCAGAAAAAGUCAGCCGAUGGAACGCCAAGCGUGUGAUAGCGUCGCACUUUCCAGUGCCUGAAUCGGCGACUGGUGUCGACUUUCUUGCAGCGUUUGAUUUCGCCAAGACGAAAGAUUCCAUCCCACCGGAAUAUGUCGAUGCAAAAAACGAUCUGGCGUCGCUCGAUCUCGUAGUUCGCAUCCUAGGCGCGAUCAACGCGGUACCGAAAGUCAAUUGA